UCUAUACUAACGACUUCCCUACUGGAUCCUUAACCUUACUUUCAGGCUGGAGUUUCCUGUCUAUCUGGGUGGAUAUGCAGCAUCAAACGCAAUAUCGUGUGUUGCCGUAGCGGUUUCCCCCUAGGUCCCGUAUUGUUUCGCGAGCUAUGCUUAGGCCUUGAGUGUUGCGGUCUCCUCUAAGUUCCCUUUAAAUUUUAGGUACGGACAAGCUAUCAAAAUGUACCCAGAGGGAAGCGUUGAGGAUGCCAAGGCACUCCAAGCCUCUUUCCAAAGGACAAGAUCACCACGACGUAAGGGCGGAACACGCGGUAGAGCGCAUACUACAAACAUGGGAAGCACGAACAACGGGACUGGAUCGCGACAAGGUAACAGAAACGGCGCUGGACAAGAGCCUAUCGGCCAACAUGGCUAUCCUCAACAGCACGUCAACCCUCAGCAGCAUGGCCAGCCUCAGCGCGUCAAUCCUCAGCACUAUGAGCAGUCUCAGCAGUACGGACAUUCUCAACAGCGUGGACAUUUUCCAGCAAGCCACGAUUCGUAUGCACCUCCUCAACCUCAACGUCCACCUUUUGCUCAGCCGGAGCCUCGCACGAGCGAUCUACUAGAUUUCAAUCGUCCGCUUCCUAGCCAGUCCACUCAGCGACAAGAGAAUCUACCCCCGCAGCAACAUCAGCCGACUGUCUCGGCUCCGGCUCCGGCUCCGGCUCCUGCUCCUGUUCGCCUAUCGCUCCUUGACGAAAAGGAAGAAGAAAUCAACCAGCCGGUCAUGCAGUUCACUGGUAAGAACGGAUCUCUGGAAGCUCAGAAAGCCGAUGUAGCCAUGAAUGGUACGGAUGAGAUGGAGAAACCCGUCACACCGCCCCGAUACGGAGGCCUCAGUGCCUCACGAUGGAAUACUGAGAAUGUCAACCGCCCCGGAAGCUCCUACAUGGACAUUGACAACGACUCGUCACAAGAGGAAAGCAGUGAGGUACGACGCGAAUCGCAGCAACGUGGACUGGCCUCCCCUGGCCGCACUGUGGCCAGUGGAAUGGUACAGGGACUCGGACUUCGCUCUUCUCGCUGGGGCUCCUAGGGUCAAUGUCAUCGCCGAACGAUAUUCUGGGCAGCAAGGACUGAUGUUCUAUCGCAAUAAUAUCUCAUCCCAACUUGUGUACCUAAACUAUUAGGCUCACGUACUCCUAUGCGUCUACGGAAAAGGGGACUGAGAUUACUGGUCAUAUGCUUGGGCAUUGACGGACACAUUGAGAUGCGAUUCUUCCCUAUUAGGAUUGCUUGCCGAGGAACUUUA